AUGACCGGAGAAGCAGUGCUUAAACUCACUGAUUAUCAUUCUUUGCCUUCAAGUGGAGGAUGUAAGUGGUAUGGUACCGCGCCAUUCUGUCAUGACUCUUGUCCAUCUGGAUAUGAUUAUAUUCGUUCUCAUAAUGGACGAUGCGGUGAUUCUUGGUUUGAUGGAAUAUGCAUUCCAGACGAUAGUUUUGGAAAACCAUGCACUAAUUUGAUAUGGAAAAAUACUGUUGCAGUAUUACACGUUUUCACAAACAGAAGUGAUCACUAUCAAUGUACAUGGAGUGGGCGCUGGAUGAGUGCUUCAAGCGCUCGUAACAUUUACUGCAGAUAUGAUAAUUAUGGUAGCAGGUGUGGAGGCUUGGAAUGUUCGACAAAUGAUUACGCUUUUCAAGCAGAGAAUACAACGGUAAUCGCUGGUCCAAGAUGCGAUGAGAUAAGGCUAUUUAAUUUGUCAGGUAAAGCAACAUGUGGCUAUAUUGCUUGGUAUGAUGGUUAUGGUAAUCUUACUGACAGUUGGUAUAAAUCAUAA